AUGAUUACACUUGAACAAUUAUAUAUGCUAAUCUUGAUGAAUAAUAAUAUCGAUCAAUAUUUUGAACAGUACAAAUCUCAAUUUUUCCUUCCUGAUCAAUUUUUAAGUAAAAAAGGUUAUCUAAAUUCUUAUCUUAAUUUUCUUUCAGCUCUCUGUGAUACAUUCAAUGAUCCAUUAAUUCCAACACAUGUUCUUGAAGUAACAACAGUACGUACUUUAACAUAUUUUCUUAAUGUGUCUGUUGAUUGUGCAAAAAAAAAAUAA